CUGCCGCUGCUCCCCUCCCUCCCCACAGCGGCGGGGGCAAUGCCUCCUGCAUACGUGAUGAAGUGAGCGGCCGGGCUGGGCUCCGCCGGCAGCAGCGAGCCGUGAGCCCGGGCGCCUCCGCACUGCAGCCCCCUCCCAGCGGCGGCAGCGGGGGGCGGCGCGGGGACGCGGCUGGCUGCGGAGCGCGGCGCUCGUAGCUCCCGGGCAGCAGCGUGCGGCCGCGGGCAGCCGGCGCCAUGCUGAACAACCUGGCCGACUGCGAGGACGGCGACGGCGGCGCCAGCCAAGGUGAUGGCAAUCCCAAGGAGAGCAGCCCCUUCAUCAACAGCACAGACCUGGAGAAGGGCAAGGAGUAUGAUGGCAAGAACAUGGCCCUCUUUGAGGAGGAGAUGGACACCAGCCCAAUGGUCUCAUCCCUGCUGAGCGGGCUGGCCAACUACACCAACCUGCCACAGGGCAGCCGGGAGCAUGAGGAGGCUGAGAACAAUGAUGGGGGCAAGAAGAAGCCAGUGCAGGCCCCACGGAUGGGCACCUUCAUGGGCGUCUACCUGCCCUGCCUCCAGAACAUAUUUGGGGUCAUUCUCUUCCUGCGCCUCACCUGGGUGGUGGGCAUCGCCGGCAUCAUGGAGUCUUUCUGCAUGGUCUUCCUCUGCUGCUCCUGCACAAUGCUGACGGCCAUUUCCAUGAGUGCAAUUGCCACCAACGGUGUGGUGCCAGCGGGUGGCUCCUACUACAUGAUCUCACGCUCCCUGGGACCGGAGUUUGGUGGUGCUGUGGGGCUCUGCUUCUACCUGGGCACCACCUUUGCCGGCGCCAUGUACAUCUUGGGCACCAUCGAAAUCCUGCUGGCCUACAUCUUCCCAGCCAUGGCCAUCUUCAAGGCAGAAGAUGCCAGUGGGGAGGCAGCUGCAAUGCUCAACAACAUGCGUGUGUAUGGCACCUGCGUGCUGACCUGCAUGGCCACUGUGGUGUUUGUGGGGGUCAAGUACGUCAACAAAUUUGCCCUGGUCUUCCUGGGCUGUGUCAUCCUCUCCAUCCUUGCCAUCUAUGCUGGUGUCAUCAAGUCAGCCUUUGACCCACCAAGCUUCCCGAUCUGCCUCCUGGGCAACAGGACCCUCUCGCGCCAUGGCUUUGACCUCUGCACCAAGAUGGUGGUGGAGGGGAACGAGACAGUGGGCUCCAAGCUCUGGGAGCUCUUCUGCACCUCCCGCUUCCUCAACGCCACCUGUGAUGAGUACUUCACCAUGAACAAUGUGACUGAGAUCGAGGGCAUCCCUGGUGCUGCCAGCGGCCUCAUCCAAGAGAACCUCUGGAGCUCAUACCUGACCAAGGGCGUGAUCGUGGAGAAGCGGGGGCUGCCCUCCGUGAGCCCCCCCGACACUCCGGUGGACAUGGACCAGCCCUACGUCUUCAGUGACAUGACCUCCUACUUCACCCUGCUCGUCGGCAUCUACUUCCCCUCGGUCACAGGCAUCAUGGCUGGCUCCAACCGCUCCGGAGACCUGCGGGACGCCCAGAAGUCCAUCCCCACAGGCACCAUCCUGGCCAUCGCCACCACCUCUGCAGUUUAUAUCAGCUCUGUUGUCCUCUUUGGGGCAUGCAUCGAGGGGGUUGUCCUGCGUGACAAGUUUGGUGAAGCCGUCAACGGGAAUCUGGUAGUUGGCACCCUGGCGUGGCCGUCCCCGUGGGUCAUUGUCAUCGGCUCCUUCUUCUCCACGUGUGGGGCUGGGCUGCAGAGCCUCACCGGAGCCCCUCGUCUCCUGCAAGCCAUCUCCAGGGAUGGGAUCGUGCCCUUCCUCAGGGUCUUCGGCCACGGCAAAGCCAAUGGGGAGCCAACGUGGGCCCUGCUGCUCACAGCCUGCAUCUGCGAGAUCGGGAUCCUGAUUGCCUCCCUGGACGAGGUGGCUCCCAUCCUCUCCAUGUUUUUCCUCAUGUGCUACAUGUUUGUCAACCUGGCGUGUGCAGUGCAGACGCUGCUGCGGACACCCAACUGGCGGCCUCGCUUCCGCUACUACCACUGGACCCUGUCCUUCCUGGGCAUGAGCCUCUGCCUGGCAUUGAUGUUCAUCUGCUCCUGGUACUAUGCCCUGGUCGCCAUGCUGAUCGCUGGCCUUAUCUACAAAUACAUUGAGUACCGUGGGGCGGAGAAGGAGUGGGGUGACGGGAUCCGGGGGCUGUCCCUGAGCGCGGCCCGCUAUGCCCUGCUGCGGCUGGAGGAAGGUCCCCCGCACACCAAGAACUGGAGGCCACAGCUGCUGGUCCUGGUCCGUGGGGAUCAGGAGCAGAACGUGGUGCACCCGCAGCUCCUGUCCUUCACAUCACAGCUGAAGGCCGGCAAGGGCCUCACCAUCGUGGCCUCCGUGCUGGAGGGGACCUUCCUGGACAACCACCCGCAGGCACAGAGGGCAGAGGAGUCCAUCCGCCGCCUGAUGGAAGCAGAGAAGGUGAAGGGCUUUUGCCAGGUGGUGAUCUCCUCCAACCUGCGGGAUGGCAUGUCCCAUCUCAUCCAGUCCAGUGGGCUGGGGGGGCUGCAGCACAACACAGUGCUGGUGGGCUGGCCCCGCAGCUGGCGCCAGAAGGAGGACCACCAGACCUGGAGGAACUUCAUUGAGCUGGUGCGAGAGACCACAGCUGGGCACCUGGCUUUGCUGGUGGCCAAGAAUGUUGCUAUGUUCCCGGGCAACCAGGAGCGGUUCUCGGAGGGCCACAUCGAUGUCUGGUGGAUUGUCCAUGAUGGGGGGAUGCUUAUGCUGCUGCCCUUCCUUCUACGGCACCACAAGGUCUGGCGCAAGUGCAAGAUGCGUAUCUUCACGGUGGCACAGAUGGACGACAACAGCAUCCAGAUGAAGAAAGACCUGACCACAUUCCUGUACCACCUGCGCAUCACCGCUGAGGUGGAGGUGGUGGAGAUGCAUGAGAGUGACAUCUCCGCCUACACCUACGAGAAGACACUGGUGAUGGAGCAGCGCUCCCAGAUCCUCAAGCAAAUGCACCUCACCAAGAAUGAGCGGGAGCGGGAGAUCCAGAGCAUCACGGAUGAGUCCCGCGGCUCCAUCCGGCGCAAGAACCCAGCCAACACACGCCUGCGCCUGAGUGUCCCUGAGGAGCAGGUGGGCGACGGCGAGGAGAAGCCAGAGGAGGAGGUCCAGCUCAUCCACGACAAAAAUGCCACCACAUUCUCCAGCAGCUCCCAGUCCCCUGGUGAUGAGGUGGAGACAGCCCCCGAGAAGGUGCAUCUCACCUGGACCAAAGAGAAGUCUGUUGCUGAGAAGAACAAGAGCAAGAGCCCUGUCAGCCCUGAGGGCAUCAAGGACUUCUUCAACAUGAAGCCGGAGUGGGAGAACCUGAACCAGUCCAAUGUGCGGAGGAUGCACACAGCCGUGAAGCUCAAUGAGGUGAUUGUGAAGAAGUCCCAGGACGCCAAGCUGGUCCUGCUGAACAUGCCAGGCCCUCCCCGCAACCGGAAAGGGGAUGAGAACUACAUGGAGUUCCUAGAGGUGCUGACGGAGCACCUGGACAGAGUGCUCCUGGUGCGUGGUGGGGGCCGGGAAGUCAUCACCAUCUACUCCUGAAACACGGCGCGCGAGAGAGGUUUGUCUGCACGCUGAGAGCCCCGCCACCCCUUUGCACCAUGCUCCUGGAGGGGAGGAGGGAAGGCCUGAUGGCAGCCAGUGCGCAGAAACUUCACCUGGCUUUGGCCAUACCCCUGAUCUCUCCAUUCGAACUCCAGCACCAGAUCUUCCGGGAGCAUCCAGCACCAGAGCAGCUGUUCCUCAUUGCAACAUCACAGCACUGCUGUCCUUGUUUAUAUAUAAAUAUAUACAGUUUACCGCAGACUGAGCACCAGAGACCAGCGCUGCUGCCACUGCUCGUCCCUGGCAGGGCCAGCCCUGCUGCCAGCACCAGCACUGUUGCUUGCAGCCCAGGGCCGGGCAGGAGGGUGGCUGUGCCGAGAUGGGCACCCAGCCCCACCGUGCCGCUACCCCUGCGUGGAGCUUGGCUGGACGCGCCUGUGCCCUGUGGCCACCUGCAGCUCACGCCUGGCCUCCCUGCAGAGGUGCUGGGAGAAGAGAGAGGCCACCAGCACGUUUUCCUUGCCGGACGCUCCUCUCCCCACCUGCGGCAGCACCCAGGGCUGCCACUCACGGCGCUGCACCCUGGCCACCCCUCACCAGUAUGGGCCUGGACAACCCCACCUCACUGCUGCCUUGGUGUCAUCCGUCUCCGGAGGCCAUGGGCCAAGCGUGCGGAGAUGCAGAGUGAUGGUUUGGAGGGGGCAGAGGGUGGGGGGCAGCUGCAGGGGGUUGGGUGCUGGAGUGCAGCAAUCCCACAAUGGCAUGUGGGCUGAGGUGGGUGGGAGAUGCUCCUUGUACCCCUCCCCACUGACUCCAGCCUCUCCUUACCCUGAUGCUCUCCUGGCGCUCAUGCAGCUCUGGCCUGAGGUGGGUGGGAGAUGCUCCUUGUACCCCUCCCCACUGACUCCAGCCUCUCCUUACCCUGAUGCUCUCCUGGCGCUCAUGCAGCGGUCACAGCGUGGAGCUGCAGUGUCUGGAGCCGAGCAGAGGCCCACCAUGUGCAGCAUGAGCCGGAGCCGCUCUCCGGCUGCUGAAGCUGGAUGGGUGCUGCUGACCCCCUGGCCGAGGCACCAGCACUUGCUCUUGGCUGGGGCACAGGGGUGUCCUAGCCUCCCCCAACUGGCUCCCCUGCCACGCUGCACUGGGGGACACCAGAGGCUCUUGGGCCCCCAGCACUGGCCAGGCCAGCCGGUCCAAGCACCUGCACGUGCAUCCGGACCCGCUCCAUGCCCCGCUGUGCUCCCUGCUCUCCCUGCUGCUCCCCAGGGCUUUGCUGCUAACCCAGCCCCAGGCAGUUGCAGACGCUGCCAUGGGGCUGUAGGAGACUGCAGAUCUGUGUGUAAUUUUUAACAUAUGCAAAGCCUGUUUGCCUGGUCUGUCAGGGCCAGACGCCGCAGUGAGGGGUAGCUGUAGGGGUCCCACUGCCCCCUGGGCAUCACAGCACUUGGCUGGCCAGGGUGGCCCAGGCACCGGCCACACAGUUGCUGCAGCCAAAGCCUGUCCCAUCCCGCCGGCCCGCAGCAGGCAGCCCCCACGUGCAGGCAGCAGGGUGCACCAGGACGGUUCAAACACGUCUUACCUUUGGCAGCAGCUGCAGGGUCACCCCCACAUUGUCGUUCCCCGCCCAGCAUCUCUCACGCCAGAGAAACUGAGGAGCUUUUAACAAAUGUGAAUGGUUCCAGGAACCACGCAGGAAGCGGUGCCGAGGGCAGCCAGGGUGCCUGCCCGCACCCGCCCCCGCCCCAUGUACAUAGUGUACAUAAUACAGUACGUGUAUUUUUAAAGUGAUCAUAUUUAUGUUAAUAGAACCAGAUGAAGUCUAUAUAUAGAGAUCUAUAUCUAUUCUGAGAGAUGCAGGGCUCUGCUAGCACCAGGCCAUGGGGACAGAGAGCCGAGACAGGCUGCUCCCGCAUGAAAUGGGCGCCCAUCCGUCGCACCAAGUGCUCUGGAGCGGUGGUGAAGGCUGCAGCCUUCCCUGGCCACCGGCAUCCCCUGAGAAAGGGCCAGGUUGCAGGUUCACUCUCUUCUCAAUUUAGCUUCUUAAGAGUUUUCAGGGAAAAGAAGUCACAGACUUUUCUGAACUUGUUUCAUAGCAGAUUUGAGCUUCCACUUGAAGUGCAGCCUGCUAAGAGUUGCCCUCUCCCAGCAGUGCUGGCUGCUUUGUGCCAGCCUGGCCUGAAGCGGCAGCGCUUUGUCCCCCCGCCAGAGCUAAGCCCCUGCGCUGAAGCACUCGCCUCCUCAGCCCCCCAGACCCCUCCCCAGUGCUGCCCCACACUGAGACAGGCGCGAUGCGACCCGCAGCCUCCCGGUUGGCACAGAGGGAGCAGGUGCUGCCGCGGCAUCCCCAGGAGUGGCCUGGCAGCAGCUGCCUCCUGCCUGGCACGGGCAGCCCUGGCUGGUCCCAGCACCCAGCCCCCCGCUCCUGCCCGCAGAGUGGCUGCAGCCUCAGCUCCAGCCCCCUGAGAGCAGGAACUGCUUCUGCACCAGACUCCAGUCCCCACUGCCACUGCAGAGCCCUUCUACGCCCCCAGGUCCGGGCCAAAGUUAUUUGGGGCUGCUUGGAUGAAAAGCAGUGGGGUUUUUUGAUGUUGGGUGUGGGUUUUGUUUUGUUGUUGCUUUUUUUUCUUCUUUAAUACUUGGACACGCUCCCAGACCAAAACCAAGCCCCAGCUGCACAUCUGUGCCUGCUCAUACCUUGCUCCUACAUUUCCAUCACUCCCAAAGUGCCUCCCUUCUCUCCAGCAGCAGCCGCAGCCGCAGCCACAGCCAGGCCUUCUGCCGGGGUAGCUCGGCUACCUGCAUGGCUGUGUCAGUCUGUGCCGCAGACUUUGGUGUGGAAGCUAGUCCCAAGGGCAUGGGGAGCUCGGCGUUUACAGGAGGUGACCUCAGGGUGAGCUGAGACCUGGUUUCAGCACAGGUGCUCCAGGCUGAUGAAUGGUGCAGGUGCCCAGGGCAGCACCCUCUGGUCCUGCCACUGCCUCAGCAGCUCAGGAGCUGUCGGAAGACCAGUCAGGCGCCUGCAAGUGAGAAGUUCCUUUAGGUUUGGGAAGGGCAGCCCCACGGGAACCAGGAUUUGCCAGUGUCUAGUUGCUCUGCCCCUUGGAGCUGGUCCUACGCCACCACACACAUGCUCACAUGCUGUUUCCAGCCUCCCAGAAUUAUUUGAGGCACUUCUACAGCAAUGGGGGAGGCAUGCACAGCAACCUUGCCCACUCAUGUGCUAGCACCAUACUUGUUGGGCCUAGAACACUUGCCAACUGCUCUGCCUCUUCAAGAAGAUGCCACUCGCUCCCUGCGGUCACCCUCUAAUCACAGCUUGGCUAUUGCCCUGCUGUGCCGCUCCACCUGGAGCUUUGGGUGCUUUCCUGCGGCAGCGAGCCUGGUGCCCUCCUGCCCAGCGCAUGACGCAGGGCAGCACCGAGGGCAUGAGUGCAGAGGCAGGUUAUGUGCAGCAGCAGCAGCAGCCACCACCAGCACCUGCCUGUGCUGAGGCUGCAGGCAGCAUCCACCCUGGGCAGCAACAGGGCCAAAUAACUCUUCCUUCAGCCACAGGUACAGGGUAGCAGGGAAUGACAUUGCCUGCAGAGCAGUGGUGAGACAGCAGACCAGGGCAUGCAUCUCCGCUGAGAGAAUUGCUUUAUCGCCUCCCCAGCAUCACCAAUGGAUCCCAUUCCCCCUCAGCACCACUUCAACCUGUGAUUGAAGGCUCCCCAGGGAGCAGGAACGCGAGCCCUUUCCAUCACUACUGCUGAUGAAAGCCAUUCCCCUUCCUCAUCCUCCAGCGAGGGCAGGGGCACAGCUCUAGACAGAGCCAGGGCUGCCUCAACGCCCCUGCCAGGCAAAAUUUGGCUGUGGCAAGAAAGGUGCUGGUUUCUACAGCGAGUUCUUCCUCGCCGUUGGCUGGAGAGGGCCAGUUUUAGCAGACAGCACUGCAUGUUAGUUUACAAACCCAGCCCUGCACGUUUGGCCUCUGUGAGUGUUCAGUUUCCCCAUGGAGCACCCUUCUGCUGUUCCACCUUGGUGAAGACAAGUGUCCUCCUCUGGUAGACAUGCAAGUUCCUCCUUGGCACAUGCGCAGACAUAUUUUGGUUUUUGUUCCAGACAGGAAGGUCUUGACCCCCAAGUUUGUUUCAUGGGCAGGCUGCUGCUGGGAGCAGCACUGACCAGACACAACCUGCCAGGACAGCGGGACAGCAGCAGCCCACAGCAGGCGGGGAGCCCCAGCCGCAUUCGGCCAGCACACAGCACCAGGCCGGCGAUGGCGUAUGCUCUGCUGCUGCUGCGGGAGCACUGAGCAGCCCCAUCCCUCCCAGCGGGGCAGGCGCAGGCCCCCGCACGCGGCAGCAGCAGGCAGCUCAUGCUGCUGCAGCCACCAUGCAGUGCAGGCAGCAAGCCCCAGGACAGCACUUACAGGAGCCACAGGCAGUGUCCAGCCCAGGUCGGUGUCGGCCCAUGGCUGGACAAGAGGAAGGACUAGACACUGCACAAGAGUAAGAGUUGCACUAGAAGAGUCAAGACCCUCCUCUGUGUAGCAGGACUAAAAACUAGCAGAACGACCAAAAGGUCUAAGAUUUGCUGGUUACACCACUUUCUGUGCUACAUGUGCAAUAUAUUUGUUAUGAAUGUUACCACAAAGUCAGUUCAUUCAAUAACCUUUUAAUCACUGUAGCUAGGUGUUCUACGUCCAUUCAAGUGACUUUUAUUCGAGUGCAAUAUUUCAAUAGACAUGUAGUGACCUAGUAUGCUUUGUGUUUUGGAGAAUCUGUGUGCAGAGCAAUGCAAUUAAGUUUAAAACCUUGUAAAUAAAACAGGUUGCAAACCAAAAAAAAAAAAAAAAAAAAAAAAAAGUAUUAGGCUUGCAUUUAAUUUCGGUGUUUCAGUAUCGUGCACUAGGCCGCCUCAGUACAGACCCUGUGUUCUCUGUGCAGGUAUUAAUGGAGGAGUGGCUCCUUGGCUGUUGAAUGCUCCCUGUUAAUGCUUUACUGCUUUAACUGUAUUAAUUUUUCUAGACUCCUGUCUGCACAAAAUGCAAUAAAUGAUUUUAUUACACCCUUCA